UCCGGGUAUCCUGCGUACACGUCGUUCGCGCAUAGCUCAGUUACAGCACUUCCCAACCAACGUGGGCUGUGGAUGUGGCAGCAAAGCACCGCCAGUCCGGCUGACUACGUGUCUUCUGCAGUGCACUCAAGUGUAGUUGUGGGUGGUUUUCUAGGUUUUCACAUUGUCAGCUGUCCUCAAGUGUGAGUGCCAUGUUUGCCAGGCUGGCCUUGUGCUCUCGCCUGCCAUCCAGAAUCCGGCAGUCAAAUGUCUGUCCAGUUUCCAUCAGAACGUUUUCCCAGGCUAAAUUCCUGCGCCCACGUCUCCAUGGGAAGUCUUUUGCCCACCGCAGUGAGUUAAAGCAGGCCAAACGCAUUGUAGUGAAGCUGGGGAGUGCUGUGGUGACACGGGAUGAGUGCGGUCUGGCACUGGGACGACUGGCCUCAAUAGUAGAGCAGGUGGCUGUGCUGCAGAAUCAAGGGAGGGAGAUGAUGAUUGUCACCAGUGGUGCUGUGGCGUUUGGGAAGCAGAGACUGAGACAUGAGAUCCUGCUGUCUCAGAGCGUCAGGCAAGCCUUGCAUUCUGGACAGAACCAACUCAAAGAAAUGUCAGUUCCAGUUUUGGAGGCAAGGGCAUGUGCAGCUGCUGGACAGAGCGGUCUGAUGGCGUUGUAUGAAGCUAUGUUCACCCAGUACAGCACCUGCACUGCACAAAUUCUGGUCACCAACCUGGAUUUUCAUGAUGAGCAGAAGCGUCGCAACCUGAACAGCACGCUGCAUGAACUGCUGCGGAUGAACAUAGUUCCUAUCAUCAACACAAAUGAUGCUGUUGUUCCGCCCCCUGUUCCCAACAGUGACUUGCAGGGGGUAAAUGUAAUAAGCAUCAAAGAUAAUGACAGCUUGGCUGCACGGCUGGCUGUUGAAAUGAAAGCAGACCUCCUUAUUGCCCUGUCUGAUGUUGAAGGCUUGUACGACAGUCCCCCAGGAACAGAUGAUGCCAAGCUCAUUGAUAUAUUCUAUCCUGGAGACCAGCAGUCAAUCACGUAUGGGAGUAAGUCCAGAGUCGGCAUUGGUGGUAUGGAAGCCAAGGUGAAAGCAGCCCUUUGGGCACUACAGGGUGGCACGUCUGUUGUCAUUGCCAACGGCACAAAUCCUAAAGUCACAGGCCACGUAAUCACAGACAUUGUGGAAGGGAAGAAAGUUGGCACCUUCUUCUCUGAAGUGAAACCUGCAGGUACUGGGUACAACCAUCUGGACAGAAUAUUUUACCCACUUGUUGUGUUUGUGUUUUUAUAUUUGAUGCAUGUAUUAUUAUCACCAGGUCCAACUGUGGAGCAGCAGACAGAGAUGGCCCGGCACGCAGGCAGGGCUCUGGCCUCCCUGCACCCAGAACAGAGAGGGGAGAUCAUCUGCUGUCUUGCUGAGCUACUUACAGAGAAGAAAGAUGAGAUUCUCAGUGCCAACAAGAGAGACAUGGAGUUAGCAACAGCAUCAGGUCGUUUCUCCCAGCCUCUGAUCAAUCGCCUGAGUCUGUCAACUGCUAAGCUGAACAGCCUUGCCAUUGGCCUCCGUCAGCUUGCUGUGUCCUCCAGGGAUAGCGUGGGUCGGGUGCUGAGGAGGACCAGGGUGGCCAACAACCUAGAGCUGGAGCAGAUUACUGUCCCCAUCGGUGUCCUGCUGGUCAUCUUUGAGUCACGUCCUGAUUGUCUCCCACAGGUGUCAGCUCUGGCUAUUGCCAGUGGAAAUGCUUUGCUACUGAAGGGGGGUAAAGAAGCUUCCAACACCAAUAAAAUUCUACAUCAACUCACUCAGGAAGCACUUUCCAUUCAUGGAGUGGCAGAUGCUGUUCAACUGGUGAGCACACGUGAAGAAGUUGAGGAUCUGUGCAGACUAGACAAGUUGAUUGACCUGAUCAUUCCAAGGGGCUCGUCCCAGCUGGUCCGGGACAUCCAGAGGGCAGCAAAGGGUAUUCCUGUACUGGGCCACAGUGAGGGCGUCUGUCACGUCUACAUAGACAAUGAUGCCAGCAUAGACAAAGCGAUUAAUGUUGUCAGAGACUCCAAAUGUGACUACCCUGCGGCCUGCAAUGCCAUGGAGACCCUCCUUAUUCACAGAGAUUUGCUGCGAACUCCCAUAUUUGACCAGAUCAUCGAUAUGCUGAGAACAGAACAUGUGAAGAUCCAUGCAGGCCCCCGGUUUGCAUCCUAUUUAACUUUCAGCCCAUCUGAGGUGAAGUCCCUGAGGACAGAGUAUGGGGACCUGGAGUGCUGCAUUGAGGUGGUAGACAGCAUGCAGGAGGCUGUGGACCAUAUCCACAAAUAUGGCAGCUCCCACACCGAUGUCAUUGUUACAGAAAAUGAAGAGACAGCUGAACAGUUUCUGCAACAGGUGGACAGCGCCUGUGUAUUCUGGAACUCCAGCUCUCGCUUUGCCGAUGGCUACCGCUUUGGCCUAGGAGCUGAGGUUGGUAUCAGUACGGCACGUAUACAUGCCAGAGGUCCAGUGGGUUUAGAGGGGCUUCUGACCACCAAAUGGGUCCUUCGAGGCGAAGGGCACACUGUGGCUGACUUCUCCGAGCAAGGCAGUAUGAAAUACCUUCAUGAAAACAUCCCCGUCCCCCAGGGGAGCUUUAGUUAGGUGUCAAACCAAAGAGCCAUCAACAGGAGUCAAGAUAACUGAUGUCUGCAGAGUUAAUUUAAAGUUUAGUGUCUGUCAGUAUCACUCCACUAUGUUGGUGAAGGACACAUGCUUGCAGAACAGAGGCUACUUUUACUGGACAACCAAGUUCCUGGUUUUGUGAACAUGACUGUCUGUUACAUGGCUGGCGAGAGGGAAAUGUAUUCUGGUAAAAAUAAAAAAUAAACAAAUUCCGUUAUGUGUAUGUGACCGUUGAAACAUAAAGUAUAAACGGACAAAGCUCUUUGUCGAAGGUCAUUUUUAUGGUAGAAGAAAAAAUUAAUCAUUGGCCAAUCUGAUUUUUCUAACUUAUUUUUCUACGUACAAACUCCCUUGGUCUUUUUGUAAUUUACUGUUAAGUGUUGUUUGUGCAGGAUCUUAGUUCAGAUUUAUUUUGCUGUCCUUCCUCUUUGCACAGAUGAUGUAAUAAAUAUGCUGUACAGUU